UAUGUUCUGGUUGAUGCGGCAUUUAAAAGAGUCAGAAGAUCCAUCCAGGGAAAAUGGAUUUACAUACCUCCCCCACCUUAUGGUUAUUGCUGCAUCAGUUACUAUGACGAGUCCCAAAUUUCCUGUGUAUGUAUACUAUCCUCCUCCUUACCUAAUGAGAUCCUCCAGCAUAUACUUUGCUUUCUUCCGACCAAAUUCUCUAUCAGAACUUCCCUCCUGUCCAAACGAUGGAAGGGUUUAUGGUGCGACACGCCUUGUAUCUCCUUCGCUAGCUGCACACUCAUGGCUGCUUCGAGAAACAAGACCCAAGAUCACUACACUGCUCAAAAGAUGAUGAGUCUACAACUCCGGACCGGCCAGAUCCACAGUGUUAAUCACAUCAGCACUUGGAUCGAGCUGGCCAUGAACCGCAGAGUGGAGAGUCUCUCCCUCGAACUUAACUUCAAGAGCGGUUAUAACUAUACUUUUCCUGAUCCCUUCUUCAUCCAAUCCUCACUCAAGGAACUCAGCCUUGAGUCUCGAUUUAAAACUAUGAUUGUUCCCAAAGUAUCUGUGUCUUGGACAUCCCUCAAGAAGUUGUCCUUGCGUAGCUGUAAGCUCUCUGAUGAAUCAUUGGCUACGAUUUUAUCUGGUUGUCCGGUUCUCGAAAGCCUGACGUUGUGUUUCUGCGAUGACCUGACUGUUGUUGAUCUCAGCAAUUCGCCGACUCUGAGAACAUUGGAAGUGCAACGCAGCGUAGAUGUACUGACGCUAAUGCAGAUUUUGGAUAGCACUAAGCUAUUAUCUACUUUAGUUGAUGUCUCAUCUUUAGCUGAAGCUACACUGAACCUCUGCUUUGGCCCAUCUGGCACUGGCUUCAAUGGUAAGUUUCUUAAAGACACGGAGUUGGAAAUGUUACACAACGUAGAGAAGCUAUCUUUUGGGAGACAGUUUCUCGAGCUUGGUGUUCCGAUGUUGAAGGUCAAAGAUUUUACUUUUUACACAAAACUCUAUGAGCAUGGGUUCCGUCGUCCGAGCAAGUCCCAUCUGGAUGCAGAGUCAAAGCGCGUGGCUACAUUUAUGGAACCUGUGUUUAACAGGAUUAAGACAUUAGAGAAAGUGGUCGUAUGGUUGGAAGACUAUAACCUAAAGCAAGAGCGUUUAAAGAGAUGGGUCAGACACUUUCUCACAACAACAACAACAAUGUCUCCAUACUUUGGUCUCCGACGA